UAUAAUGGAGAGAAAUUCCUAUUUACAGGUUGAUUUUUAUUUUAGCAAAAAGUUAACAAGGGAAUUUGCCUUUGUUUGAAAAUUUUAUAUCUAAUAUCCUUAUCUUCAGGAAUUCAUGUUAAUUCUUGCUCUCAAGUCCACAGUGUGUUCCUUUUUCCACAUAGACUGUCCUUCAUCCACCUGGGUUCAGUUCCAAGACAGCUGUUACAUUUUUCUUCAAGAAGCCAUCAAAGUAGAGAGCAUAGAAGAUGUCAGAAAUCAAUGUACCGACCAUGGAGCAGACAUGGUAAGCAUACAUAAUGAAGAAGAAAACGCUUUUAUCCUGGACACUUUGCAAAACCAUUGGAAAGGCCCAGAUGAUCUCCUGCUAGGCAUGUUCUAUGACACAGAUGAUGCAAGUUUCAAGUGGUUUGAUAAUUCAAAUAUGACAUUUGAUAAGUGGGCAGACCAAGAAGAUGGUGAGGAUCUAGUUGACACCUGUGGCUUUCUGUACACCAAGACAGGUGAAUGGAAGAAAGGAAACUGUGAAGUUUCUUCUGUGGAGGGAACACUUUGUAAAGCAGCUAUGCCAUAUGAUAAGAAAUAUUUAUCAGAUUGCUGGGACUACAGCUGUGUACCACCACACCCAGCUUGGACAUUUUUAAUCCCAUUUUCAGGUAUACUUAAUGGAAUAUACAUAAAUCUUAGAUAUAGAUUGAUGUUUAUGCAUUCACUAUAUUACUAUGUCAAAUCAAAAUAUCUAAAUUUCUAUCACACAACAAAGUUCCUCAUUACCAUUCCCAAUAAAUGCCUACCAUCCACUCCCUCCGUAAUUCUGGCUUAUUAGAAUUGACACAUUUUAUAAAAACUGACGGGUUCCACAGUGCCAUUUGCACACACGCACAUACUAUGUGCAUUCAUCUUGUCCUCCCUCCUCCCGGCCUCUUCCCAGUGCUAAUUGUCCCUCUUCUGGUUUCUUUUCAGUUUCCCCAUGACAGUAAACAUGCAAUACAUGUCUAUCUGUUUUCCACUUACAUAUUUCUGAUUUGUCACUAUUCUAUUUGGCUUUUCACUAAGGAGUUUUCAUUCAUCUAUGCUAUAUAUACUCUAUCUUUCCCUGUUGCUUCAUAAUAAUUUAUAAAUACGUAGUAUUUUAUCUGUAUUUUUUGCUAUUUGACUUUCCAUCUUGGAACUAAUCCGCAUGUAACACCCUCAUAUCUUCUAUUUGGACUUGCAAUGUCACUUGUGACAUCCAAAGUGGGUGUCACAGGACACCUAUGUAUGCUUGGCUUUAUCAGAAUCCACUGUAUCACACUGCAAAGUGGUUGAUCUACAACAUUCCUACAGGCAAGAUACUAAUUCUACUUCACCUUUAUUGCAGGUGGCAUUGUCUUCUUUUACUUUCUGCCAUUCAGUGAGUGCAUCAUGAGCACCUGACAGUGCUGAGCAUGUCUUUAUUUUUUGUGAAAUGCUUGCAAGUCUUUUGCCCAGUUUUUCUUGGGUUAACUUUAUAGACAUGCAAUAUUUUAGCAUAAUUUUGAAUGAGUCUUUCACAUCUAAAAUUUAAUGUAUCGUGCAUAUUUUCUGUAUGUAGGGUUUGAUAUGAUGGAGAAGGGAAGUGUUAAGAAUGUGUGUGCAUACCAAAGUUAAAUCUUCACUCUUCAAUAGGAAAAAAAGCCAAGAAUCACCUCACACCCAUUAACUGGCUGCUUCUUAAAAAUAAAAUCAAGGGGGGAAAAAAACACCCCAGAAAAUGCCAAGUGUUAGCAAAGAUGUGAAAAAACCGAACCCAUUGUGCACUAUUACUCAAAGAUAAAAAUGUUGCAGUUACUGUGGUAAACAGCAUGGCAGUUCCUCCAAAAAUUAAAAGUAGAAUUACAUGACCCAGCAAUUCCAUGUCUAAAGCUAUACCCAAAGGAACUGAAAACAGGAACAAAUGAGUACAUCAUGGUCAUAGCAGCAUUAUUUGCAAUAGCCAAAAGGUAGAAGUAACUCAAGUGUCUAUCAACAGAUUGAUAAAUGUGAUUGCAGCAAUUUCACUUACAUAGGUUAUCUAGAGAAAUCUCUAUACACACAGAAAUGAGGUGUUUGCCAAGGCUUGUGGGAAGAGGACUAGGAGUUAUUAAUAGGUAUAGUUUCAGUUUUGUAAAGUGAAGAGUUCUACAGGUGGAUGGUGUCACAACGCCAAUGUACUUAAUGCUACUGAACACACACUUAAGAUAGUAACUUUUGUUGCAUGUACAGUUUAAAAAAAAAACAAGUGGUGUUAGCAUGUUAUUUAGAAGCAUGGAGACAGCAAUAGUAGGUCAACCAUGGAGAGUUGAAGCUAUAGAAAUUAGCAAGCAGUCUUAAAAAUAAAGGGAAAGGAGGUAGUAGUAUUGGGGAAGGAGGAGAAAGGGCCAAGGUUGGAUGGCUAACAGUCUGGUUGCUUCAGGUUGCACUGCAGUGUACUUGUGUGCAUGCCUCAACCACAUGGUUAACUCUGCAUAGCAAUUUCAAAAGGGUGAGAAGAUGGACCACAUGAGUUUGAGAAAUGCCAAUGAAGUAAAAGCUUCAUUGCUGCUAAGUUUCAUUUCCUUUUAUUAGGCUAAGGAAGAUCUCUUCCUAGAUAUAUUUUAAAAAGUAGGAUGAAUGCUAGAAAAUAGUGAUUUACUCAGACAAGAAAGGAAUGGAUUUUUUCCCUUUCAUUAAAGAGGUAGGUGGACUUAUCCUUUUCUUCAGAUACAUAUCUUACAUAUUUUAACACAUUGCAAAUGUUGCUCCAGAGAGAUGGCCCAAACAAUGUAUACACAUAUGAAUAAAUGCAAAAACAAAAACAAAAAUAAAGUGUUGCCCCAAAAUUGGUUUUAUCCCAUUUUAGAAGCAUGUGGCUAGUCAACAAAAAGGCAAUAAAAUAUCCUGUCAAUAUUUUAAAGAUACCAGUGGUUCUCCCCCUUAACAAAGGAUACUUGGCCAGACUUACCCCACAAAUUUUUAAUUCUUCCAGGUCCCACUUUUUAACAAGUACUAGUUGAAAUAGUGAGUACAUUUUUAAAAACUAUUCAUUUGCAAUAAUUUUGAAACUUUCUUUGCAGUCCGUCAUUAUUAUAUAUAACAACCUUCCCUAAAGCAUUUUCCUCUUACUAAACCAAAUAACUUCACAAUUUAUUAAAAAUGAAUUCUCACAAAGACUUUAAAGAGUUUUGACUAGACAGGAACUGUUAGGUCGUACACAUUUAUAGAACAUAAGGGAAUACACAGUAUGUAGUGUUACUUGAAUGAAUGCAAAGAGGCUCUUGGUAUUUUUUUGGUGAAGCAAAUCUUAAGUCUUAAAAGUAAAACAAGCCCUAAUCCCCACUGAUAUAAUUAAGUAUCUGAAUACCACUACUCCUGAAGAGGGUAUAGGUCUGAAUUUGUAAGAUCAUGGUUUAGAAAGGAAAAGCCAACAAAGACGUAAGCAGGAUUGUGGAGCACUUUAGGAUCAUCAGUAGAGGAUAGAACUGCAAAAUUUACUUGGAAUUUUGAAGUAUGGCAUUUUUUAUAUGAAGAAAUAUAAACCUUGAUAGUAGUGAAUGUGUAACUGUGUUUCUCAUCAGUGUGGGAAAUUCUACAUAUAAAUACAUGAUGAAACUACACUUGUAUUCCCCAAAAUGCAACAGGUGCAACGUAUACACCUGAUAUCCCAUGUAUUCUUUUGUCUUUUCAGAUAACCAUAUUUUAAUUUCAACUUUGGUGAUUGCUAGCACAGUAAUCCUGACAGUUUUGGGAGCAAUCAUUUGGUUCCUCUACAAAAGAAACUCUGAUUCUGGAUUCACCACAGUUUU